UAUUCGCUUCUAAUUCCUCUGCUUAUUUUCAUUUUCUUCCUCCAUCAAUGGUUCUUUACUACUUCAAAUACCCAAAAAAGUUACCCCCAUCUCCGAGAAAGCUUCCAGUUAUAGGAAAUCUUCAUCAACUUGGGCCACAUCCUCAUCGUUCUCUCCAUAAAUUAUCAGAAAAAUAUGGUCCAGUCAUGCUACUUCACUUGGGCAAUAAGCCAGUGGUCGUUGCUUCCUCUGUUGAUGCUGCUCGUGAUAUUAUGAAAACCCACGAUCUCGUCUGGUCAAGCAGACCUAAAUCUAGCAUUGCUGAUAGACUAUUUUAUGGCUCCAAAGAUAUAGCCUUCAGUCCUUAUGGUGAAUAUUGGAGGCAAGUUAGAAGUGUUACUGUGUUUCACCUUCUUAGCAACAAAAGAGUCCAAUCUUUUCGUGAUGUCGGAGAAGAAGAAAUAUUGAACAUGAUUGAAAAUAUUAGACGAGAGUGUGAAUCUUCGAGUUCAGUGAUAGAUUUGAGAGAUCUUUUCUGUUCUCUGACUAAUAACAUAAUUAGCAGAGUGGCCUUAGGGAGGAAAUAUGGAAUACAUGGUAAAACCACCCUAGAUGGAUUUGUUAACCUUUUAGGUACAUUUAACGUCGGGGAAUAUAUUCCGUGGCUUGAAUGGUUCAAUAAAAUUAGUGGUCUUGACACCAAAGUGGAGAAAGCAGCAAAUGAGAUGGACACAUUUUUGGAGAGUGUGAUUGAAGAACAUAUCAGAAAAGAAGAAUACUGCUCGGGUGAAGCUAAAGAUUUAGUGGACGUUUUGUUGGAAAUUCAGAAUGGAAAUGAAACAUGCUUUCCUCUUCAAAGGGAUUCACUGAAAGCUAUUCUCUUGGAUACAUUUGCUGCUGGUACGGAUACAACGUAUACAGCUUUAGACUGGAUAAUGACAGAGCUUUUGAGGCAUCCAAGAGCCAUGGUGAAAUUACAGAAUGAAGUGCGACAAUUAGCCCAAGGGAAAUCAGAGAUAACAGAGGAUGACUUAGGAAAUAUGCAGUAUCUGAAAGCAGUGAUCAAAGAAACUCUCAGACUUCAUCCACCGAAUCCACUACUACUUCCUCGAGAAUCAUUGGAAGAUGUAAAAUUACUAGGCUAUCAUAUCCCUGCUAAAACUCAGGUCAUAAUUAAUGCUUGGGCAAUCGGAAGAGAUCCAUUGUCGUGGGAAAAUCCAGACAAGUAUCGGCCAGAGAGAUUCUUAAAUAAUGAUAUUGAUGUCAAAGGACUAAACUUCGAGUUGAUUCCCUUUGGUGCAGGCAGGAGAGGCUGUCCAGGAAUUGGUUUUGCUAUUAUUGUAAAUGAGCUUGCAAUAGCGAGGCUUGUGCACAAGUUCAAUUUUGCAUUACCAGAAGGGAUAAAAGGGGAGGAUUUGGAUAUGACUGAAGGCACUGGCAUCACUAUUCGUAGGAAAUCACCUUUGCUAGCAGUGGCCACUCCUUACUCUAGUUAGUAGCCUUUUCUGAAAUAUUCACCCAUGUUAAAUACUCCCUAUAGAUGAAGAAAAAAAGCUCUAAAAUAAUGUUAUAAUAAAACUAUGUAUGAUAUUUAUAUUUUAAGUUUAUCUGAUACUUGUACAGGUAGGAGAUAAUAGGUACUGAUGCACGCAAAUUGGUUGAAUACCUUAGUUAUAAGAAAAUGAAGAAAAAGAUAAACUGAGCCCUGGGCUUUAUUUUGUGGUAGAAUCUUUUAGCACACAAUA